AUGGACCGGAGUAGGGAUAAGUGCCGGAGGAAGGCGUCGGCUUCGAGCUCGUCGAGCUCUUCAAGCACGACGAAUGAUGAAGCUCUUUUUGGCCGGAGGAAGAAGCAAGCGGGACGCCGGAGCAGUCGGAGGCUGACGAUCGAAGAGGCGGUCAAGAAAGAAGGCUCGAAUUUCAUCAACUUCAAUCCCUUCCAAGCCGGGCAGUCCGGCGAUCCCGUACCGAAGAAGAAAACAGCUGCAGGCGCGAAGAAGCCAAGCUCAAAGGCCGGGCGGAGGAAGACCUUCCACGGCACCGGCUGCUCGUCCCAAGUCGAUCCCGCCCUGCCCGAGAUCUCAUCCACCAGCGGUGCUGGUCCCCAGUCGUUCACCCAGCAACGUUUUCCACCCCGGUCACCAUUUGUGAAGCAAGCAACGCCGGGCCAGAGCUCCAGCCGGCCUUCGUUUACGUUCUAUGCAUUCGAUCCGCUCAGUCCAAUCCAACCGAGCGAUAAUCAAGGAUGGAGACAGACUGUUGAGCCAACAAGUUCGAGCGACGAAGACACCGUUGUUGACCAGAAGAGGCCAGCAGCACGAAAUGCCGGACGGCGGUCGACGGUCGAGCGAGCUGUCCAAGCCAAGAACUCGAACUUCAUCGACUUCAAUCCUUUCCAAGCAGGCACUCCCUCAGCCCCGAUCUCCAAGAAUCGCAAAUCGGCGCCCAGUAAGCUGACCAGGUCCGAUGGAAAGCACUCUCAUCGUAGGAGAACCGUCGUUGGUCGUGCCUCAGAAAACCCAUCUUCCUCACAACAUACCUUUUCCGAUCACGGUUCGUCCCCUGGCAAGCCCGGUCCCUGCUUGUCCGGCCAAACAUCUGAUAAGCAAGAGAUCGGACAUCAUGGCUGCAACGCUCGGGCGAGUUUCCCUCAGUCAACAUUCAUCAAAGAGCUUCCAAUAUCGCCUGCCUCCUGGGAUGAAAAAUCAAAGGUCUCUCCGCUGGCCGGGUCGAGCCCAACGAACAUCCCUGAACCGCACAGCCACCAUGCGUCCCAUCCGACUCGAACCCCCACAUCCAAUAAUCCCUUUCUUACGGCAGACGGAAAUCCUCUCCUGGAUCCUGCUGUUCCUUCAGUCCGGGUCCCUUGGAAAUAUUAUCCACCCUUGCCCGUCUUAUCCCCGAACUUUCUGUUAUCAGGCAAAGGGCAGUUGGAAAAAAACACACGUGAUUCCUGA